AUGGCGUCUAAUCCAACCGCUCCCAUCCCAGGUCGUCCCAAGCUGCGGGACAGCUGCAAUGCUUGCUCGGCGUCCAAGGUCAAAUGCAACCGGGAAAAACCAACAUGUCUUCGCUGUGCGAAACGGGGUUUGGUCUGCGAGUAUCUUGUCACUCGUCGUGCCGGACGUAAGCACGACAAGGCUCGGCCCCGAAGCGGUACUACAUCUAGCAAUUCACCUCAGCGCACGCCCCUGUAUACCCCCGAGUGGUCGGUGUCGGGUACUCCAAUUCCGAGGUUAGAUGAAUUUAGCUCGGAUCAGUUAGCCGACCUAACGAACUUGACGGUCGACUUUGACUCCUUCUUGGGCUCACCCAGCUCGUUUCCCCUCCUCGAUUCCUCAGAUAGCCUGCUUGCAUCUUCCAAUUUGUCGGCACAGGGGAGCGCCAAUGGAAGUUAUCUUGAAGCUUCAUUCCUCUCUGCGGACAAAUUUGCUGCUAUCCCGAACGACUCGUUAUCAACGACCUACCCCAACCUAAGUGAUUUGACGAACGAACGAUUCAACCAAAAUGAGUGGCCAUGCGGCUGUCUUGCAGCUUCUCUGGACUUGUUUCGCCAAUUAAUACCCCCUCACCCAGCAAGCUGUACACGAAUACAUAUCUCGCCGUCAUAUAAACAAGACCCCACAACGGAAUCCAUCGUGGCCACCAAUGCCCGGACUGUCGACGCUAUCACACAAACCCUUCACUGCUCAUGUGCGAAUGAUGGAUUCUUACUAGUUAUGGUGUUUAUGGCGGCCUUCAAAGUGAUGAGUUGGUAUGGCACUGCCGCAAGGGGGUUGAACUCGGAUUUAACAAGGAAUGAUUUGCAUUCUUUGGGAUCGCUUAUAGAGGAUCCCGCGCGUUUGACGGCACAAUCUGUGUUUAGUGAAUUACACCGUGUGCAAAAGCUUGUCAACGCACUUUCUGCAAAGGUGGGGCGGUAUAAAACGGACGAUAAUACUGGGGACCAGCCGUUCUCGUCGGCGGUUCUGCAUCAGUUAGAGCUAGACUUGAGAAAGCGGAUUCGGGCGUUAUCGUUGGAGAUUAUUGAUAUUCUGAAGAGAUGA